UAGACCAGUUGAGCAGUGGAGAUUUUCGGGUUGAUGUUGGUAGUAGUGGUGUCAUAACCCGACUACCAACAUCAACAAACAAGCAACAAAACAAGGUUCAGGUAGAUGGCCGCAAAAUGGACAUUGUCGCAACAAGUUUAGAAGCCUUAAUUCAACGGGCAACAAGUCCUUCAAAUCCUGGCACAGAUAAUGCAGCAAUUGAUGCUUUCUGUGGCAUGGUCAACAAGGAGCCAAAUAGUGCUCAUAUUGCUACCAAGCUGAUCACUACUCGAAUACAAAGUCAACAAGAAUGGGAGGCCCUGCAGAGCUUGAACGUUCUCGAGGCAUGCAUGAAACGUUGUGGCUCUUCAUUUCACUCUGAAGUCGGAAAGUUCCGUUUUUUGAAUGAGAUGAUCAAACUAGUCUCUCCUAAGUAUCUUGGUGGCCAGACACCAAAACCAGUUAGGGAACGCGUUCUCCAGCUUAUGUAUUCUUGGACUAUAGAAUAUGCACGUGAAACAAAAAUAAAGGAAGCAUAUCAAAUGCUUCGCAAGCAAGGUGUUGUUACAGAGGAUCCCCCAACUGACAAUUCAGGUUCACAGAGCUCAGCCUCUAAUAGAAAUUCUGCAUUUGAAGAUGAAAAGAAACAACGUUUGCUUCAGAAACUAUUGCAAAGCAAGAAUCCCGAAGACCUUCAAGCUGCCAACAGACUUAUUAAAACGAUGGUGAAGGAGGAUGAGCGCAGGACAGAAAUAAUAAGCAGGCGCACUGCUGAUCUUGAUGCAGCGCACAACAACGCCAGGCUUCUCUCAGAGAUGUUAGAUUGCUACAGACCUGCUUCUAGUUCAAAAGAAGACUUGGAACUCAUCAAAGAGUUGCAUCAAAGUUGUCAACGUUUAGGCCAUCAGAUAAGCAAAGACUUUAAACCUGAGGACUCGCUCUAUGAGGAAGGCAUGGAAACUCUCGAUGAAUUGACCCGGAUGUGUGCCAAGUAUGUGAUUGUGGUUGUUGAAGGAUUGCCAUGCAUGAAGAUACCAGAUUUGCCGUCAACAUCAAAAGUCUCUAGUGUCUCUAAUGCAGCUGCAUCAUUGCUAGAUCUUGGCACUCCAGGUGGAAAUGAUUCCACAGCUCCAGUGAUUCAUGAACUUGCAGACUUGGUCAUCCCUCCUGUCAGCAACCACUCUGGUUUAGGCACUUUGGGAGAUCUCUUCUCUCUCUCAACUGCUGAAGCUCAGACAAGUACUUUGCCUUCAUCAACAUCCUCUGUACUCCAGCCGAUGCCUUUAAAUGCUGUCCCAGCUUCAUCAACAGUUCAAAAAGGGAAGGCUGAUGAGAAACCUAAUGCAAUAAAAGCUUUAGAAGAUUUGGAUGCUCUUGGAGAGUCAUUGCUGAAAGAAAGUUUGCCACCUACUGUCAGAGCAGGCUCACAGUUUAACAAGGCCCCCGCCAAAGUUCCAAUGAAUCUGUUAGGAAGAAACUCUUCAAGUGCAUCGGACAGUGGUGCUGUUGGAGGCAUUGAAUUUAAUUCAACUCCUGCUGUGGUUCCUGGUGACAAUGUGCAAGCUUCAACUUCCCUCGACCUAGACUUCCUAGUAGGAAUCCACGACCAACCCUCAAGCAGCAAACAGGAAAAAAGCAAUACACUUCUCGAUGCCGAUGAUCUCUUGAAUGGUGAUGACGCUAUGGUGGACUUGACAGAUGAUGCUGUGUCUCCCACAAUUCCCCCAUCACAACCAAAACCUCCAACUGAGGGGGACGCACCCAGUGCCAGUACUCCAGCCAAGGAAAAUCCACCGCCUACUCCUGUAGAAAAGAAGGCCGGUGAAACUGUUGAGCCAGUCAAGGUGACUGAGGUGAAGUCUCUGAAUGACAUUUCAGUUUCUUUAGACAGUAUUAAGCCUGGUCCUAUUGCCCCUCUCACAGCACUUGAUGAACGGAAUGGGAUAUCAGUUGUAUUACAUUUGGCAAGGGACACUCCUCGCCCUGAUGUGUCAGUCUACGUUGUAUCAACAAUUAGCAAGAAUUCAUCACCAUUAUCUAAUUAUGUCUUUCAAGCAGUCGUUCCUAAGACAUGUAAGCUCAGAUUACUUCCAGCAUCUAGUUCAGAGCUCCCAGCUCAUAACCCAUUUCUUCCUCCAUCUGCUAUUACUCAAGUGAUGCUAGUUGCUAACCCUUCCAAGGUACCGGUAAAUCUGAAGUUCAUGGUAAGUUACUCCAUGGAUGAUGACACAGUGACUGAAAUGGGUGAGGUGGAGAGUUUACCAAUGCUGAGCUAAAAUUCCUAAUUUAGUGUAAUUGUUGUAGCCAUUUGAUAAUCAUGAUUGUUCUAAUUGUUACCCUCAUGAGUCAAUGUCAUCCAAAUUUGUUUUUGCAUUUCACUAUUGUUUGCAUCAACACUUCUUACCUUUGGCACCACAUAUUUUAUUACCAUAGGGAUCGUAUUGCUAAAUUAUUAUAUUGAGAUGUGUAACAUACAGUAUUUCCAUGUUAACUUAUUCAGGAAGCAACACAAUCAAGACAAGGUUAUAUUAGUGGUUUUUGUUCUCUGGUGCUUUUCAGUUAAUUCUAUUUAUGUAAGUAUUUAUUCAAUUUCUUUUGGCUCAAAAAGUGAAAGGAGGAAUAAAAGAUUUCAUUCUUGAUUUUGGCCUGAAUAUGUGGACCACUGACAUUUUUGACACUACAUUGUGUUAUGAACUCUUUGUAUGUAGCUCUUUUUACAGUCAGGUUAAAAUAAUAUUAACCAUCAAAAUUUGAACUGAUAUAAGGUUGCUCAUAGUUCAUAAAAAAUGCACCGUGACUUUUGAUGUAAGAUUUUAUUUAGUAUUAUUUUGAAAUUUUAUAGACUUUGAUGUUUAAGAAUUUGGGCUGAUUUUAGUGUAGGUUCUGAGUCUAGUAACAGAUUCGAUUCUUAAAGAAUCAUUCAGACUUAUCUUUUUACUUUAUGUCACAGAGUUUUAAACUGUGUUGUCUAUGGAAUUAAGUUUGAUGUAUGAUUUUUGAAUCUUUGUAUUUUACAGUACUUAGUGUUGAGUGGAUAGUCACCACCAGUAGGAGUCUCUUUUUUUUGUUAUUAGUAAAAGGCAAUGUGCAGAUUUUUCACAUUUCUUUUGUCAUUUUCCCAUCCGCCCAUUUAAAAACGUUUCGGUUGUGGGUUUAUUACUCACAAGGUUGAUCUAUUGUUGUUAUUUUUGCUUUGAUAAAUUGUUGCAUCCAGUCUGGCUCUAGCUCAUUAUCAUUGUCUAAACAUGAGCAUACUUAAUGAACACCUUCUACCAUUAGUAUUGUAUAUCUGUGAGAAAGUGUGGAUUAAUGAGCAUUAUUCUGUUGAUGCUGUAUUGUGCAGAGUUCUUGUAUCUACCUUAAUUAUUUAUCUGUGAUUUUGGCAAUUUUCAAUUCUGAAAAAUGCCUUCAAUGUAUUUAGGUACCACCUUGGUGCAGUUUCUCACUGUCCCUUUUGUAUGGUGCUUGUGAUAAUGACUUUCCGUAAACGUAAGAUGAAAUUUCAGCCAGCUGUUGUUACACUGUGUGCACUCUAACAUGACCAGCAAUGUUAAAUGUUGAAUCCUUUGCCAAACAUGAAAAUCAAUAGCUUUCAUCCUGGCUUUGUAUGUUUAGCAAGCUUGAAAAUUUUAUCUGUAUAGUCCUGCUUCUAAAAUAUAUUUUAAAUGAAGAAAGAA